AGUGACGAACUGUCAUGGAAGCCCCCACGCGUAAAUCGAAACAGCAGCUUCAGUGACUGGAUCAUUUUAAAUCGUUUUGUUCUGUUGUUGUAGUUAAAAAUGAAGUUUCUGCUCCAUCUGGGCCGCUCGUUCGGCCGCCUUCACGUCCGCUUGUGUCACCAGAGUGUUUACAGCAGCCACGCAAAUCCACGCAGAGUGGGAGUGGACCUUGGAGAGAAGAAGCUUGAAAUCUCCUCAGGGAAGUUUGCCAGAUUUGCUGAUGGAUCUGCUGUAGUACAGCUGGGAGACACCUCUGUGAUGGUGACAGCUGUGAGCAAAACCAAACCUUCUCCAUCUCAGUUCAUGCCACUUGUGGUGGACUACAGACAGAAAGCAGCUGCCGCAGGUCGAAUCCCCACCAACUAUCUGAGACGAGAGCUGGGAACCACCGACAAUGAGAUCCUCACCAGCAGACUCAUUGAUCGGUCGAUUAGACCACUUUUCCCCGCUGGUUACUUUUAUGACACUCAGAUCCUUUGUAACCUGCUAGCAGUUGAUGGUGUCAAUGAUCCAGAUGUGCUGGCUAUUAAUGCAGCUUCUGCUGCUCUGGCUCUGUCUGACAUCCCGUGGCAUGGACCCGUAGGCGCUGUGCGGGUUGGAAUGGUAAAUGGAGAGCUGCUGGUGAACCCCACUAGAGCAGAAAUGGCCUCCAGCACUCUUAACCUGAUUGUGACUGGAGCUCCCAGCAGUCAUGUGGUGAUGAUUGAGGCGUCGGCUGAGAACGUUCUGCAGCAGGACUUCUGCCAUGCGGUGAAGGUGGGAGUCAAACACACUCAGCAGAUCAUCCUGGCCAUCCAGCAGCUGAUGCGAGAGCAGAAGGUCACCAAGCGAACCCCGGUCAAGAUGUUCUCGGCCCCACAUGAUAUGGUGGAGCACGUUCGCAAAUUAGCUUCUGACAGGAUUUAUGCCGUUUUCACUGAUUACACUCAUGACAAGAUUUCAAGAGAUGAAGCCAUCAACAAAAUUCGACUAGAAACUGAAGAAAGCCUUAAAGAAGAAUUCCCUCAGGCUGAGCCCUUUGAAGUCAUUGAAUCCUUCAACACUGUGAGCAAAGAAAUCUUCCGCAAUUUAGUGCUGAACGAGUACAGGAGGUGCGAUGGGAGGGAGUUGACGGCUUUAAGGAGCAUUUCCUGCGACACAGACCUCUUUAAGCCACUCCACGGCUCGGCUCUGUUUCAGAGAGGACAAACACAGGUGCUGUGUAGCGUCACAUUUGAUUCCCUGGAGUCCAGCGUCAAAGCAGACAUUAUCACUACAGCUCUGAGUGGCAUCAAAGACAAAAACUUCAUGCUUCACUAUGAAUUUCCUCCAUAUGCAACCAAUGAGAUUGGAAAGAUCGGAGGCCUCAACAGGAGAGAGCUGGGACACGGCGCUCUGGCUGAGAAGUCUCUGAGGCCAGUCAUCCCUAAAGACUUUCCUUUCACCAUCAGAGUCACCGCUGAGGUGCUGGAGUCAAACGGAUCGUCCUCUAUGGCUUCAGCUUGUGGAGGCAGCCUUGCUCUGAUGGAUGCAGGCGUGCCCAUUUCCUCUGCAGUGGCCGGCGUCGCCAUCGGCCUCAUCUCCAAGGCAAAUCCAGAGAAACCUGCCGAGAUGGAAGACUACAGAUUACUAACAGACAUUCUGGGGAUAGAGGAUUACCUCGGAGACAUGGACUUCAAAAUGGCGGGAACGAAUAAGGGUGUCACUGCUUUACAGGCUGAUGUGAAGAUUCCAGGGUUGCCUCUCAAAGUGGUCAUGGAGGCGAUCCAACAGGCCACAGUGGCAAAGAGGGAAAUCUUGGGCAUCAUGAACAAAUGUAUAAUGAAACCCAGAGAGAGCAGGAAAGAGAACGGGCCUGUUGUUGAAAACGUGCGGGUGCCUGUCUCCAGACGAGCUCGAUUUGUUGGUCCAGGAGGUUAUAAUCUUCGCAGGCUUCAGGCUCAAACAGGUGUGACGAUAAGUCAGGUGGACGAGGAGACUUUUUCUGUCUUCGCUCCGACACCAGGAGCCAUGCACGAAGCCCAAGACUUCAUCAGUGAGAUCUGCAAAGAUGACCAAGAGCAGCAGCUGGAGUUUGGUGCCAUCUACACUGCCAUCAUCACAGAAAUAAGGGACAUCGGUGUGAUGGUGAAACUUUAUCCCAACAUGAGUGCCGUCCUGCUGCACAAUUCACAGCUGGACCACAAAAGAAUCAAACAUCCAAGUGCUUUAGGGUUAGAGGUGGGACAGGAGAUCCAGGUUAAGUACUUUGGUCGGGACCCAACAGAUGGCAGAAUGCGGCUUUCGCGGAAAGUUCUCCAAUCUCCUGCUGCAACUGUCGUCAAGACGCUAAGUGAGAAACAAAGCAUCUCCAUGGGUUCAAGCAGCAACCACACGAUGGGCACCGAGUCAUGACACGACAGCCCGACUUCUGGGUUUUCUGCCAAAGCGGACUGAAUGAAACGGAUUAGAUUUUUCUACUAAAACGAGAGUGCUGUUGAGAAAUGUACAUACACCCAGAGAGUCAGAUCCUGUCAAGAACUGCAAAAGAGCUGCACAUAAAAAAAAGCUGCUCAGCUGGACGUGACAGAGAUGCAGACAGCUGAUUGUUGUGCCUCAGAAAAUGGCGGAUAGUAACGAAAAGGAGGCAAACAUUUCCAAAAACUAUAGAUUUGUUGUACGUUGUUUUGUUUUAUGGUGCAUCAAGCAGUUACAGGACAUUUCCUUUUUUAGUUACCUUCAUCAGAAGCACAACCACGGUUCUCUUAUUCAUGUGAGUGAUAAAGCUGCCUCUUCUCGCGCUGUACUUCCUUAUUUGUUAUUUUCUGUAGCAGUGUGUCCCGUAAAGUCAAAGAGAGAACUGCGAGGAGCACACAAGAGAAGUGUUAUUUUCUUAUUCCCUUUAUGUUGGCACAUUUCUUGUAAAUGUGAAUCAUCAAAUACCAAUUGCUUUGUUCUGUAAAAUUCACCAACGUUUCCAGGAAGAAAAACUGACGCACAUAAAGUACAAAAUAUUCUAAUGUCAGAUCUUCUACAAAAAGGCCAACUAACAUAGUCAUAGGUGUAAAUCACUACAAGUCAUAUUUAAAGUAAAAUCAGGGUUUGUAAAACACAGGUCACAGAAGAGGAUCAAGAAAAAGGAAAUACAGUUAUAAAGUUAAUAACGCACUUAUUGCAAAACAAUAAAAUGAAACUUGCAUUAAA